UGUCUGACAUAUAAAAGUUGGUCCUCUUUCUUGGAGCCUGCAGACGAAUGGUGCAGCGGUGAAGGCAGGAGGAGGAGGAGGACAUAGGAGGGGAUAGGAGCCGCCGCAGACAUGGCUGGCGGGGUGGCCGUUGGGGUCGUGGCGCUGUUCUUGGCUGCAGCUUCAUUUGGGGCUAAUGCCAACACCGACUCGAAUGAUGAUACAGGUGUUGAGCCACAACUCUAUACGGUUUCUUCUUCUUCUUCUUCUUGUUGAACCAUGAAUGCCCUCAAUGUGUUCUACACAACCAUGAAUUCGCCGCCGCAGCUGACGAACUGGGUGUCCCAAAAUGGGGAUCCCUGUGGGCAGUCGUGGCUGGGGGUCACCUGCUCGGGUUCCAGAGUGACAGCAAUAAAGUUAUCUGGGAUGAGGCUUAACGGCACCUUGGGCUACAACAUGAACCAGCUCACUGCACUAGUUCAGCUGGAUAUGAGCAAUAAUAAUCUUGGAGGCAGUGACAUUCCUUAUAAUCUUCCUCCGAAUCUCCAGAGCUUAAAUCUUGCAGUAAAUAACUUCACUGGGACUGUACCUUACUCCAUCUCCCAGAUGGUUGCACUUAGGGAUUUAAAUCUUGAUCAUAAUCAGCUCUCGAACAUCAACGAUAUGUUUAGUCAGCUCACAAAUUUAACAACGUUGGAUCUAUCAUACAACACAUUCUCUGGUGAUAUCCCACAUAGCUUUAACUCCUUGACAAGUUUGAAAACACUUUACCUUCAGAACAACAAAUUUAACGGCACAAUAGAUGUUCUCACUGAUCUUCCUCUUACUGACUUAAAUGUCGAAAACAACCAACUCACCGGUUGGAUACCCGAUAAACUAAAGGGAAUCAAUAAUCUCCAGACAAGUGGAAACUCGUUUAACAAUGGCCCUGCUCCACCACCUCCACCAUCACCAUUAUCACCUCCAUCGACAAAUACCCCUCCUCCCUCUCGGCAGCAUGCUGUUCCAAGUAGCGCUGGUAAAAAUACCCCAUCUGAAAAUGGUGGAAAACACUCGAAACUUGGUGGUGGUGCAGUAGCAGGAAUCAUAAUAUGUUUGCUGGUUGUUAGCGCAAUAGUUGCAUUCCUUGUGAUCAAAAGGAAAUCAUGGAGGUUAUCACAGGGACAAGACCCUGAACAAAAUGAACCUCUCAGCCCUUUUGCUUCAGGACUUAAACAGAUGAAAUCGAUCAAAUCUAUCAAAAUCGUAUCAACAAUGGGAAAAGAAGAAUUGCAGAAGACUGUUUCGAUGAGUUUGAAGCCUCCAACAAAAAUUGACCUGCACAAGUCCUUUGAUGAAAAUGAUACCACUAACAAGGCCAUCUCAAGGAAUGUAAGCUUGUCUUCCAUCACAAUACCUGCAUACACAGUGGCAGACCUUCAGAUGGCAACGGGCAGCUUCAGUCCUGACAGUUUUAUCGGUGAGGGAUCGGUAGGCCGUGUUUACAAAGCCAAAUUCGGUGAUCAGAAGGUCAUGGCUGUAAAGAAAAUAAACUUCUCUGUAUUUCCAAGCCAUCCUUCAGAUUUGUUCAUUGAGUUGGUUGCAAACAUUUCAAUGUUAAAUCAUCCAAACCUUGCUGAGCUUGCUGGUUACUGUUCAGAGCAUGGACAAUGCUUGCUGGCAUAUGAAUUCUACCGAAACGGUUCUCUUCAUGAUUUCCUUCAUCUGAAAGAUGAACACAGCAAGCCAUUGUCUUGGAACAACCGUGUCAAGAUUGCGCUUGGAUCUGCAAGAGCAUUAGAGUACCUACAUGAGACUUGUUCACCCUCUGUGGUCCACAAGAAUUUCAAGUCAUCCAACAUUUUAUUGGAUGGUGAGCUGACCCCCCACCUCUCUGAUUCUGGGUUUGCAGGCCUUCUUGCAAACCAGGAAUUCCAGGAAUCGGAUGAGAACUCAGGAUACAGGGCACCUGAGGUGAUCUUGGCUGGUCAGUACUCCCUGAAGAGCGACGUGUACAGCUUCGGAGUCGUCAUGCUAGAGCUUCUGACUGGCCGGAAACCGUUUGACAGGACCCGACCGCGGCCUGAGCAGUCACUGGUCCGAUGGGCUACUCCGCAGCUGCACGACAUCGACGCGCUGGACCAGAUGGUCGACCCCGCGCUGCAAGGGCUGUACCCGUCCAAAUCCCUCUCCCGCUUCGCCGAUGCCAUCGCCCUUUGUGUUCAGCCUGAGCCGGAGUUUCGGCCGCCGAUGUCGGAGGUCGUGCAGUCGCUGGUGCGCCUGGUGCAGAGGGCGAACAUGACGAGGAUGCACGAGAGCCAGUCGCGGCGCCACGGCGAAUCCGGCGGGGACUACGAGUUUUGAGCGAGACAAAACUGUGCCUUUGCCUAGAUUUUUUUCUUCUAAAAGUAUAAAAAUAGUUAUAAACUCUCCUUGAGAGUUUUGAACUUCAAAUAUUCACAUAUAGUUUCAAACUAUAUUAGAUAGGUAGUAGUUCAGAAUAAGUAUUUAUCUGAAAUAAGUAUUGGUUCACAUUUGCCUUUGCGUUGCAGGCAUUUUGUUUUGCUAAAGACACCCCCAAAACAUUUGGAACGAACUUGGUUGAGAUUUCGAUGUAAAGGAGGGUAAGUUUGAUUA